CACUUCCGGCGCGCUGGGAGACGUGCGGUUCCGGGUCGCUGCUCUGCUCGCCGGCCGGGCGGUGGGGGCUGGUGACGCGGUCCGGGGCUCACGAGAGGCCCCGGAGGCGGGGCUUUGCUGGCUGCCCAGAGAGAGGCAGGACAGAAUGCUUUGAUCUCCAAGCUGUUUUAAAUCUAGUAGAUAAGCCAGAUCCUGUGUUGCCAUAAGUCCUUGGCCCACAUUUAAGUGGGAAUGCAGCUAGCUUGGAUGUCUGAAACUUUGUAGGCGCCUGUGUCUGAAUCCUGAACACAGGCACCAGGACUACUGAGAGCUCAUCAUCUGUGCGGGAUAGCCACACAGCAAACAUGUUUGCAAAACUGAAGAAGAAAAUUGCAGAAGAGACUGCUGUUGCUCAGAGACCAGGAGGUGCUACUAGGAUCCCACGGUCUGUGAGCAAGGAAUCAGUUGCCUCAAUGGGAGCUGACUCAGGAGAUGACUUUGCUUCCGAUGGAAGCAGCUCCAGAGAAGAUCUUUCAUCCCAGCUUUUGAGAAGGAAUGAACAGAUACGGAAGUUAGAGGCCAGACUUUCUGACUAUGCUGAACAGGUCCGAAACUUGCAGAAGAUAAAAGAGAAGCUUGAAAUUGCAUUAGAAAAACACCAGGAUUCUUCCAUGCGGAAAUUUCAAGAGCAGAAUGAGACAUUCCAAGCCAACAGAGCCAAAAUGGCAGAAGGACUGGCUUUGGCAUUAGCCAGAAAGGACCAGGAAUGGUCAGAAAAGAUGGAUCAGCUUGAAAAGGAGAAAAUUAUUCUGACAGCCCAGUUACAGGAAAUGAAGAACCAGAGUAUGAAUCUUUUCCAAAGGAGAGAUGAAAUGGAUGAAUUAGAGGGGUUCCAGCAGCAGGAACUAAGUAAAAUAAAGCACAUGCUUUUAAAAAAAGAAGAAAGUCUAGGGAAAAUGGAGCAAGAAUUGGAGGCACGAACCAGAGAACUUAGUCGUACCCAGGAGGAGUUGAUGAACUCCAACCAGAUGUCAUCAGACUUAAGCCAGAAGCUAGAAGAAUUGCAGAGACACUACUCAACGCUGGAAGAGCAGAGAGAUCGUGUGAUAGCUUCAAAAACAGGUGCAGAAAGUAAGAUCACAGCCCUGGAACAAAAGGAACAAGAGCUCCAAGCACUCAUUCAGCAGCUUUCCAUUGAUUUGCAAAAGGUCACUGCUGAAACUCAAGAGAAAGAAGACAUUAUCAUACAUUUGCAAGAGAAGGUCACAUCCUUGGAGAAGAGACUAGAACAGAACUUAUCAGGAGAAGAACAUGUGCAAGAACUCCUGAAAGAGAAACCACUUGCUGAGCAGAAUUUGGAGGAUACCAGACAACAGCUCUUGGCAGCCAGAAACAGCCAGGCCAAGGCCAUUAACGCCCUGGAGACUCGGGUAAGAGAACUGGAGCAGACCUUGCAGGCCUCUGAGGAGCAGCUCCAGCAGAGCCAGGGCGUCGUGGCUGCCCAGGAAGCUCAGAUACAGGAGCUCGUUGCCGCCAACCAGGAGAGCAGCCAUGUGCAGCAGCAGGCCGUUGCUCUGGAGCAGCAGUUCUUGGAGCGCACCCAGGCACUAGAAGCCCAGAUCGUGGCCCUGGAGAGAGCGCGGGCAGCUGACCAGACCACUGCAGAGCAAGGGAUGCGACAACUGGAGCAAGAAAAUGCAGCCCUUAAAGAAAGCAGUAAUGAAUAUGAACGUUCUUUACAGAAUCACCAAUUUGAACUAAAGAAGCUGAAGGAAGAAUGGAGCCAAAGAGAAAUUAUGAGUGUCGCGAUGGCUCAAGCACUGGAGGAGGUGCGGAAGCAAAGGGAAGAGUUCCAGCAACAGGCAGCUAACCUGACAGCCAUAAUAGACGAGAAGGAACAGAAUCUGCGGGAAAAAACCGAAGUGCUUCUCCAGAAAGAGCAGGAGAUUCUCCAGCUGGAGCAAGGUCACAACUCUGCCCUGCUGCAGAUGCACCAGCUGCAGGCCGAGCUGGAGGCCCUGAGGACCCUGAAGGCAGAGGAGGCUGCAGCAGUCACGGAGGAUCUGCUGAGGCUGCGGGGCCCAUUGCAGGCUGAAGCGCUCUCAGUCAGCGAGUUGCACGUGACCUCGAGGGCCAUGCAGGACCCUGUGUUCCAGCUUCCAACUGCAGGAAGAACACCAAAUGGUGAGGUUGGGGCCAUGGAUCUCGCGCAGCUACAGAAGGAGAAACAGGACUUGCAGCAGCAACUUCUGGAGAAAAAUAAGACCAUAAAGCAGAUGCAGCAGCGGAUGCUGGAGCUCCGGAAGACUCUGCAGAAGGAGCUGAAAAUCAGACCUGAUAAUGAGCUCUUCGAAGUCCGGGAGAAACCUGGACCUGAGAUGGCAAACAUGGCGCCUUCCGUCACGAAUAACGCUGACCUGACGGAUGCCCGCGAGAUCAACUUUGAGUACCUUAAGCAUGUGGUUUUAAAAUUCAUGUCCUGUCGCGAAUCCGAGGCUUUUCAUCUUAUAAAAGCUGUGUCGGUGUUGCUGAACUUUUCCCAAGAGGAGGAGAACAUGCUCAAAGAAACUCUGGAAUAUAAGAUGUCAUGGUUUGGGUCCAAACCAGCUCCCAAAGGCAGCAUCCGGCCAUCUAUCUCAAACCCUCGGAUACCAUGGUCCUAGAGGGGACUACCCAAGGAUGGAGCUCCGUGGGUUGACACUUUUUCUGUGAAAAGAACACUGACACACCAGUCUGGGUGGGUUUUUAAUCACUGUAACUGCAGUAUUUUGUACAAGCGUCUAAACAUUGUUUACAAGACUAAGGCCCACUUCCCUGCAGGCUGACCUGAACCUCAGGGGGUAGCUGAUCCUGUCAUUCUGGUCACCAAACAGGAGGGUCCUGGCACUACCCAGAUUUCCACAGUGCUGCUAAUAUCCCAGCUCCAGCCAGCACCCGGUCUGCACCUGAAUCCUCUAACUUCACAGUAGCACUUACCGCUGAAGCCAUCAGCAUCUGGCAGGCACACCUGAGUCACCAUGUAGCGAUGCCGUGGGAGGUAGAGACAGCCCUUUGAGAUGGUGCCCGGCAGGCGAAACCCACCUGCCUCUGCCAGGAACAGCCAACUCCAUGGGAACUCCAUGGGAGUGGCUUUUAAAAAUUCAGAUGAGUUAGAAGCUUUUUAUCCCUUCCUCUCAAGAAAACAUUCUUUCACCUUGUCUCUCAAACCACCUAGAACUUUAGAGGAUCCAUCUUUAAGGGCCGGUGUGGAUGAAUGAGGAAUAUGCACCUUUCUGAUGGUAUCUCCACUUAAGAAAACUAGCAAAUACAUGAAAGGACCCUAAGUAUAGUACCAAAUACACUCAAUUGCCUUUUUAAUGAAUGUACUUGUCUUGGAUAGGUUGCUGGUAAACCAUUUUAAACUAUUUUUUAUAGCUGAAGUUCUUCACUACUAUAAACAUGUCUUCUGUAUUAUAAAAUCCAUUUAACUGGUGUUCUUAAAAUCAGAGCGUCCAGAGGGAAUUCUUCCUAAACUAGGAUUCCCGUUCCUUUGUCUUCUCACUCGCACUCCGGGCACUGCUCCCUCUGAAGCGCAGUGGGAUCUGUCUUGAUUCUGUGCUGCGUGGCAGCUGGGCGAUGCAGAUCACCCGUCUUCUGCUGAAGGACAGUCUGCUGUCUCCAGUGGGGCAGCAGCUGUCCCCCAGCCUUGAUGGAGACAUUGGGGCAGUCUACCUUGUGUGUGGAGCCACUCUCUCCCCCUUAUCCCACCCCAAAUACUUAAAAAGACACUAUAGGCCGGGUGCGGUGGCUCAAGCCUGUAAUCCCAGCACUUUGGGAGGCCGAGACGGGCGGAUCACGAGGUCAGGAGAUCGAGACCAUCUUGGCUAACACGGUGAAACCCCGUCUCUACUAA